AUGCGCUCAUACGAGUUCGUUACCAACACACCUCUAAAACUCGAUCGCCACAAAGUAUUUCUUGUUGACGAUGUGGCUGUCACCCGGACCGUCCCUUCAUUGCAGCCAUUAUCUCCAUCCAGCGCAUCAUCCAGUUACAAUAUGAUAGAACGAUGCGUAGUGGUGCAGCGGCAAGCAGAUGGAUUUGGGUUGACAGUGAACAACGAGUUUCCAGUAUUCGUUCACACCCUGAAACAAGAUGGAGCUGCGUAUUGUGCGGGUGUUCGACAAGGAGAUCGGAUAGUCAAGGUCAAUGGAAUGCCUGUGUCGCCCAACAACCAUAGGGAAGUGCUCCAAAUGAUAUCAAACGGGCAGAAUGUCGCUUUGACACUACUUGGAAAACCACCGGAGCCCUUAAGCAACAUUCCAUUUCAAAACUCACAAGUUGAGCAGAAAAUACAUAUCGCUGAUCCAGUGCUCAUCGAGGCGAGUUCGAAGAGCUGGCGCCAACGACGCAACGAAUUACUGGGACAGAUGGUAGAUGAAGAAAGACGUAACGUCGAGGGACUGCGAGAAUCUCCACAAAAUGGCGAGAAAAUUGAUCGAGCACUAAAGCGAAUUGUCUCAUUACAAUCACAGCUGAAACAGCUCAAGCCAGAGUCGAUCAUUUCUGAUAGUCAAAAAAGUUUGACCAACUUAAACAUGGAUAUUGACAGUGAUGAGGAGGAGAAUGAUGUUGUAUAUUUGCCAGAAUCACAGGGUGGGCCAUUCUCCAAUCUAGCAGAACUAAAAACCCACCCCGCACACUUGGCAGUUUUCAUCAAUUAUCUUCUAUCACAUGGCAAUCCUAGCAGUUUGUUUUUCUAUCUAAUCACUGAUGCAUAUCAAUCCGCCUACGGCACCGCAAAAGAGUUUCGACGAUGGGCGUUCGAAAUAUUUUCUACAUUCAUCAUUCCGAAUUCCCCAAUGUGCAUUCCCAACUCGAACCAAAGUGUCAUUCAGCCAAUUGACAAGAUAAUGUGCAUGACAGCUGAACAUAUCGGAGAUAGUGAUACAGACACCUUGAAAAGAAUAUUUGUUCCUGGAAGACAGAGAGCUGUGACUGAUAUCAACAUGUAUCUGAACGACUUCAGACAGAAAAAGCAACUUGGCGGACAGGUGUCAGAAUCAGCGAACCAACUAACGCAUAUGGUUCGAGGUGACAUGACAAUGGAAAACCGUGUCGGAGAGCAGAUGUUGCUCCGUUGUCUUGAGCAGUGCAGUAACUCCACUGAUUUCGACUCUUGUGAAAUUCGCACUCAAUCCAUUAUUUCCAGUCUGGCGACCGUUAUCAAGAUCGUACUUGGCAAGACAUCAUCAUCGUCAAACGAGAAGAUGCUCGACAAGUUUCCGCAGUUCAUGGCACGCGACAAGCCACCCGGAAAGAGUCGCAAGUUGCCCGCAAACAUCAAAAAUCGGAUACAAGUCAAAGGGCACAGCUUCUCAAUCAACUCAGUCAACACAGUUCACUAUUGUUAUCAAUGCAGAGAUGCCAUAUGGGGAAUGCAGCCAUGGAUCUACUUCUGUAGCAAUUGUGAUGUAAAAGUUCAUCCACAUUGCACUUCAGCUCUCACGGACGCCUGUUACCCGGUAACUCAAUCUAAACAAAAAUCUAAGUCUCGUCUAUCUGGACUAAUUGGCCGUUCCGACGCUAACGAUGAUGAUGACUCGGGAAGCAAUGCACGGCACGAACCGCCAAACGUGAAAUCCACCAGCUCGGACAGUGGAAUUGGUGGCGAACACCAUAUGGAUCGUGGCAUGGUUUCGAGGUCGCAUAGCAUGAGAUAUCGCGUUGCAACAAUUCCACAAUCAUUGUCUGAAGACAAAGUCUCAAUUCCAAGCUCAAAACGGGAUAGGUCGGCCACACCAAGUUGGCAAAGGGCUGCUGGUUAUGACUUGACACCGGCUGAUGAAAUUGACGAGUGUGAUAUUGGUGAUAGGAAAUUGAAAUAUUUGGAGAGGAGAUCUCUCGAGAGCUCAAGCAGAAUGGCAAUCGAUCUUCAAAGUGUCAGCGCAGCUUCCAGUUGCUCACAUCACAGUGGCUCUGUAGUCACAGACGACGAUAUAUGUGUCCGUCGAACCACCACUCUACAAUUCUCAAGAUUCAUGGAUGGAGACAGUGACUUUGAGCUAGAAACCGAGGCGACUCCACUGGAACAACUUAUUGGAUGGGAUGUCAUCAGACACCUCAAACCAAAGGAGAAAAAACGACAAGAAGUCAUAAACGAACUAUUUCAUACGGAACGAACUCACGUUCGGAAUCUCAAAAUUUUGUACCACGUGUUUUACAAGCCACUCAUCACGAACAAAAUUGUGUCUGAAGAUCUCACAAACUUGCUUUUUGCCAAUCUUGAAGAGCUGUUAAACUUGCACAAAAGUAUGUCGGACGCCAUGAGAUCUGAGGUUGAAAAGUGGCGAACAGCACCUCCGCGCGUCAAUGGUGGCAUUUAUGGAGAUAUUGGUCUGCUCAUGGAAAGAAUGUUCGAUGGUGAAGCAGCCGAAAACUUGAUGCGGGUCACUGCGACAUUCUGUCAACACCAACAGCAUGCUUUGGAGUUUUUGAGAACUCGGUGUAAAAGGGAGAAAGAUGACGCAUUCGUUCGCUUUUUGGCAGAAGCAGAGUCAAAUCCAGUCUGUAGAAAACUACAAUUGAAAGAUAUGAUUCCGGUGGAGAUGCAACGUCUUGUCAAGUAUCCACUUCUUCUUGAGACUAUCGCGAAAUACACCACAGAGCCUAGUGAGGAGCAAGAUUGUUUACUCCGAACAGUGGCAUCCGCAAAACGAAUUUUGAGUGCUGUAAACACUGCAAAACGGAAUGCUGAGAACUUGAGACGACUUGAAGAAUUGCAAAAAAGGACCGAUACGUCACCAUUUGAUAAAGAAUUCGUGGGACACGACUAUACAAACUUGAAUUUGACCAAAUUCCGCCUUGUGCACGAUGGCCCAUUAACAUGUCGGUUCAAUCGAGGAAAGAUGAUCGAGUUGCAUGUUGUUCUUCUUGAGAAUAUGUUAGUAUUGUUCACAAAAAACAGCGACGGAAACAAACUUGUGUUAAAGGCACUGGAACCAUCGAAAGAGACCAGAUGGUCACCUGUUCUUCCAUUAGCUCCGUUAAUUGCAAAGGAGAAGGCAAAUGACAAACGAGCCUUCUUCCUGAUUUUCAAUAGCCAGUAUGGAGCCCAGAUUUAUGAACUCGUUGCGGGGACCGCCACUGAACGAAAAACAUGGUUCAAACUGAUGGGCGACCAAAUCGCUAGCGAGAAGAAGAACUUGGCUGCUGGCAUCGAUCACAACUUUGAUGUUGGAGCACAAACAACUCUUGACUCGGAUGGAAUAGCUAAAGUGAAUGUGGUCACUCAUCCACGACUAGUCAAUGCCAACGAAAUAACCAUUCAACAGCCAACAAUUCUGGAGCACGCUCAGCCAGUGCUGACACCGGCGGAGAAGUUGAAGCGAAGUGAUGAAAUUAUUAUGCAAACACUCAUCACAAAGCAAACUAUUCUGGCGCAAUUCUUGUCGAACGAUGAUUCGAAAGGUAAUACAACCGAGCUAGAGAAAAUUACUGAAAUGCUUGGUGGUCUUGCUGUGGUUGAUCUGAAACAACGUGAUGGAAAAGAGCUAGCCAUGUCUGCAAUUGUUCAUGGAAAUCGACUUCUUGACAGUAUCAAUCAAAGUCUGAACAUUCGAAAGGAGAUGGGAGAAAAUGGGCAAGACAUUUAUAUUUUAAACAACCAAGAGCCGAAUGUUCCAUCCGUCCCAUCGUACAAACUUACUGCUAUCGCGGCUCCGUUGAUGAAUCAUUUGAAAGCGCUGAUGCAGGUUAUCCAGGAUCAACACAACGAACUGAAUCUCGUAAAACAACAGCUUUAUCACUAUAAGAAACUAGCCUCUGAUGUGGAUUCUCGAGACAGAUCUGUGAGCGAAGAAACUCUCACCGACCUAGACGAACGAAAAAUCCCAAAACGACCAAGACUGCCUUCAAUCCAACCUAUGACCUGA